AUGGCGCCGCAAAGAGGAGCAAGCGGUAUCGAAAAGAAGAAGCGGUCGAAGAAGAGGAGGACGAGAACUGAGGUCUCAUCAUCGAGCGAAAGUGACAGCGAUGUCUCAAGCGUGAAGAGUCAAAAGGUGGCCGCGGUAGAAGAAGAACCUAAGGAUGUUUCGCCAGCGCCAGCACCAGCACCCGCUAAGAAAGAGAAGAAGAAGAAGAAGAAAUCCAAGACUGGCAGUGUACCAGAUGCUCAGCCAGAUGAAGAUGUCGCUAUGACAGAUGUACCAGCUUCUCCGCCACCAAAACAGGUAGCAUCAAAGGCUAGUCAACAGGCGCAAGACGAUUUCGGCGCCCUCUAUCUGCGCAAAAUCGCGGCUGAGUUCGCUGACGAUCUCGACAAAGUGCGUGAAGCGCCAGACUUCAAGGCGAGCAGUGUGCCGAUGCUCAUUCAUGCGCUCAAACAAGGCGAAAGUCUUUACAGUGUAGAAGAGAGAAAGAGGGUCGUAGGCGCGGCGAACGCGUAG